GCGAUUGUGGGCACAGCGACCAUCACUUUGGACAGCGAGGCGCUGGGACCCGCUUAUCUGUUGGGAUACGAUGCACAUGGCCCCACGCACCGCUCUCGCCCAGGUCAACACCAGCAGCCUCGAGCGCGUCGGCCAUCGUGCGAUAUUGCUUUGCUGCCGGGCGACAAGGGAACCUUGCAGCAGCAGCAGCACGACGCACGUUAAUCAAUCGCAAUUAGUAACGCGCGGGGACCGCAGGGUAACAGGCCACCGACCAUCACGCCUGCCUGUCGCUCGUAGUUCCAUCUCGCCGCUCCGAUCCACCUGCCAGUUUACGACUUGUCACCAAUGUCAUUGAGGGUGGACUUGAGCUUGGUUCGCUUUAGCCCAAUAGAAAACACUUACUACUUCUACGACCAAAAUUAUCCGACUGCGAUCCAAUUCUUACUCAAUGGUCAAUGGGAAUCGUGGGACGUCGGCUGGGUCAGGCACAAUGCGCAUGAUCCUGAGAUUAAAAACAUCGCCGCUGGUGCGGAAGCACAUGCAGCCCGCAACUCCUCUUACAAGCAAUGGCCUUCGACACCGCUACCCCGUGUAGUGCCCGUUGUCCAGCCACUUUCGCCGAGCGUCAUAAGCGAUGUAUCGAGGCAACGGGACCCUUUUGACCGACCGCGUCAUCCCCAAGAACGAGAUUCUCCCUUAUCUCCCCAGUUCUCGCCAGGGCUAACUCGCGACUUCUUUCCUUCAACCGCCCUGAACGCGUCCUUGCCGCCUCUUGCUAAAUCGCGUCCGGCUUUCUCUCCAGCGCUCAACUCGCAUUCACCGUCUCACUCACUGACUAUCGAAGCAACAACACCAUCGAUUAGCGAGCAUAGUCAUCAUGAUCGACCUCUGGCAAACCCUUCGCCAGCGAGCCACGGUGGCACUGCAUCAGCUCCACACAAGUGUCCGCAAGGCGUACCUCUGGCCUUACCUAAAAUAGGUCAGCUGCCAUUGAUCUCUUCACCCUCACCUUCUUCGGAUGCUUCUACGCUUGCGUCGUUCCCCCCACCCUUAUCUGUACCUACAGACACCGCCGUAUCAGUCCCGAUCCCAGUGCAGCAACCAGGGCCGCAUGCUUCGCAGUCCCGCAAUGCGCGUUACAAAGACUAUCAUUCACCUGCGGGCCAAUCAGACCCAAAUACUGAUCCGCAGCUCUCAACGGUCGCAGCACCUAUCACUCUUGGCCCCCAUACGGCAUCUCGGACCCCUUCGCGUACUUCGUCCCCCUUAGGCGACUAUCAUGACAUCUAUCAGGAAUCGGGUGCGGCUCCUUCUGUCCAAACUCCUCAGCCUCCAUCCCUUUUACCGCGCAGGCGUCGAGACUUCAAAAUCAUCCUUUCGUUGGACGGCGACGGCAUUCGCGGUUUAUCGCAAGCAUUUUUAGUGGAAGCGUUCGUCGGUGCGAUAUGCACAAAGCUUGAUCAAAACAUUGAUCCCUACCAAAUCUUUGAUCUAGUCGGUGGUACAUCCUUGGGUGGUGUAUUAGGAUUGAUGCUCAGCCGAUUGAGAAUGCAAGCACACUCAGCCAGGGAAGCUUACAAGCUCGUCGCAAAAGAAGUCUUUCAGGAUAAAAAGGCUUAUUUUGUUUCGCUCGACCCUCACGCAACGCCCCUUCAGUAUCACGCGGAAGGGGUGGAGAACGCCAUCAAGGCAGUCAUUGCUGGAGAGCUUGCACAGGUAGACGCGCGUCUUUACGAUGACCGGGAGGAGUCUGCCGAUGCCUUCACCAUUACCACUCAGGUUAAAAUCGGUUCCAAUAAGGCUGCAGUACUUCGUACAUAUCCUACCCGACGAAUUGCUGGACCUAACCUAAGUGAUGAUGUCCUCAUUUGGCAGGCAAUGAAAGCUGCUGUACUGGCUCCACGUUACACCGCUCCACAGGAUGGGAGGGUCUCCCGCUCUGUCAUUGAACCAGGACAAAUGGACUACGGUACAACAAAGGACAACCCUACUCGCGAAGCCAACUACGAAUGUCGCAAGCUCCUCAGAUAUAGCAACGAUAAGGUGAUCAUAAUUUCUAUAGGCACUGGCUCCGGAGUGGACUCAGAGCGAGAGAACGGAGAGAUGAUGAAGAGUGUUCUUAGACGGACCGCUGAUGCGGAGCGACAGUGCUUCGAAUUCCAGAGGGACAACGCAGAGCUGAUAAACGCCGGCUGGAUGAAGUAUUUCAGGUUCAAUGUGCCUAACCUGGACGAUGUGCCCUUGGAGGAGUGGUGUAAUGAAGAGCAGAUCAGGGAUAGGACAACGGCGUACCUCGCUUGUCCAGAUACUGGCGGAGCUUUCCACCAAUGUGUGGAUGACGUUACGGCGGUGUUGGUAGGUGUUCCGCGAUAGCUCUAGUUGGACAACGAUACUUUGACAUGUGGGUGGGAACAUAGUGGGAGGCGGGAGUUACGACAAUGCCUGCUCAGAAGUUGCGAGGUAUCCAAAGAAAGAUGCUGGCUAUGGUCUAUCUAGGUCGUGUCACUGAAGGAAGUUCAAUACCCUUAUGCGGCAUUCUGAUGCCUAAUUUACGG